CAAUCAAGAAAAGUAUUAAGCAAAGUAUCUCUCCUAAACCUAAUAUCUCUCCACUCCAAGGCCUUGGCCGAUUUCCAAUUCUAUUAUGUUCUUUCUCCUCUAAAUCCCUAAUCGUUACGAGUAGUGUGCCGAAGAUCAGUCCCUAGAAUCACUAGAAGCGGGGUUCUUUCAGUGGUAUCAGAGCUCGGUUGUAGGCACUCGUACCGGAACCAUGUCGAGAUUCGAAGUUCCCUCAAUCAAAGAACUCACCAUGGUUCUUAGAAUGAGGUUGGAGGCUGCGAGAGUGGAGAGGAGUUCAAUCCCACCUACGACCGCAGCCAUAAUCGAACCGCAGGUCGUUGAAACGGACUUUGAAGAUUUGUUGGAACAACUCGCGUUCUCAAUCGAGUUCGAGCACGGGGAAACCAACGCCGCUGUGAAGGUCGAGAAAGAAGCUGUUGUAGCGGCUGCUGCGACACCACCACCGCCGUCAUCGUUAGUUGUUCCUGUAGUCGAUGUCGCGGCCGAGAACAUCAAACAGCCGAUGUUGGUGAUCACCACCGAGUCGAUGAGAACAGGAGCAACGACAGCUGUUGCCACUUAUACAACGCAGGCAGAUUCGGCUGCGAAGAACGUGGAAGAAGAUCGGGGACAAAGACUCGAUGCGCUAAAAGCAUCCAAUGCUCCAACACCUAUUCCUGCCACUAUGGAGAGUGGAGAUAGCAGUGUCAUUCUCCCAUUAUUGUGCCUGGAAUCACCGAGUUCUCCUGGGAAAUUUGAGUGGUGCCAGGGAAAGGAGAACUCCGGAAACUAUCCGGAUCGAGCGCGUAAGAGCGAAAGCCGGGCGUUCCUAAACCCGACAACUCCACCACCAUUGCGGCCGCCGAAUAAGCCACCAGCAGUGAACGAUGACGAUGAAGAGGUGGCGAUGGGCCGCCGGGUUGGGCGGUUGGGGCUGCGAACCCAGCAACUAGAGAGGCAGAUUCCAGCGGGUCCACUUGAGAUAACGGGCAAGGAAUCGCCGGAGCCUAUCGAGGAUUUUCCGGGGAACGAGUCGAAGAGGAAGAUCGUGGGCUCGAGAGUGGCUCCGCACCGCAGGAUUGAAGUCUCGCCGAAGGGGAGAAUCGCGCGAAGGGAGCAGCGACCCGCGGCGGUUGGCUUCGUUGCGGCGAGGUCGGAGAAGAAGCGCGGCGGCGGGAUCCUCUGCUCGCCGCCGAAGAAGACGUCGACAGAGAAGAAGGCGAAGAGGCUGCCGGCGGGUGAGCAGAAGGAAGCGAAGGAGGCCCCCCUCGUGUCGUCGAUCAGCAGGGAGAGGAAAGGAUGGACGGAGUUGGUUCGCCGGGUCGGGUCGCUGGGUUGGUUGGGCCGGGGUGUUUGGGCCGCAGACUAGUAAAAGACAAGAGACCAGCUGGGUUCCUCUUAGGCAGGAUUAUUUGGAUCAUUGGCCUAGUUGAGUUAGAGAGAGCUGGCUAGGAAGAGAAAGCAAAUGUGUUGGGCUUAAUCAAGAAAGCAGGCUGAGUCAAGGAGGUAUUUGACCGCCAUUAGGCUCUUUGAUUGGAUUUAAAUUGCAGGAAAGUUACUUGAAGAAAGAAAGUUGUGGGCUUUCAAAAGAGCUUAAGCCAAACCCAUGUGGAGAAGAAUGGAACAUAAAUGGACUUGUCAUUUGUUUGGGCCACAACUCUCUCUUUCAAGCAAUGGUUGGCCGAGUUCAAGGUGAAGGAAUAAAAGGUUGGGUGAUCU